CGUGCAAAACUUCAAAGUCUUUUUGCGCUGCUACCCGUGCGGACACAUUUCCUGGAUUAUUGCAAUUUUCAAGCGAAUUGUUUUCGUAUUUUCUACGUGAAAAUACGGAUUUUUGUUGUGUAGAACUGUUCCUGGCGACCCGGGCCAAGCGUGAACCAUGAGUACGAUUUUGGAAAAGAUCUCCCAAAUCGAGGCCGAGAUGGCCCGUACUCAAAGGAACAAGGCCACAGCUGGUCAUUUGGGCCUGCUGAAGGCGCGGCUGGCUAAGCUGCGGCGCGAGUUGAUCACCCCGAAGGGUGGCGGCAGUGCGACCGAGCAGGGAUUCGAAGUAUCGAAAACCGGAGAUGCCCGGGUUGGAUUCGUCGGGUUCCCGUCGGUCGGCAAGUCAACGUUACUGUCAAAUUUGGCCGGUGUUUAUUCGGAAGUGGCAGCAUACGAGUUCACAACGCUUACGACCGUUCCCGGCUGUAUCAAAUAUAAGGGUGCAAAGAUUCAGCUGCUGGAUUUGCCUGGAAUCAUUGAGGGAGCCAAGGAUGGCAAGGGUAGAGGUAGACAGGUCAUUGCCGUGGCUCGGACGUGCAACUUGAUUUUCAUGGUGCUGGACGUGUUGAAGCCGUUGACGCAUAAGCAGCUGCUGGAGCAUGAAUUGGAAGGGUUUGGUUUGCGACUGAAUCAGCAACCGCCGAAUAUCAGCUUCCGAAGGAAGGACAAGGGUGGAGUGAAUUUGAACACAACGGUCACCCAAUCGGAGCUGGAUUUGGAUACGGUCAAGUCGAUUCUGUCGGAGUACAAGAUUCAUAAUGCGGACAUUACGCUGAAGUACGAUGCCACGACGGACGAUUUGAUCGACGUUAUCGAAGGCAAUCGGAUCUAUAUUCCCUGCAUUUACCUGUUGAACAAGAUCGAUCAGAUCAGCAUUGAGGAGUUGGAUGUGAUCUACAAGAUUCCGCACUGCGUGCCCAUUUCCGCCCAUCACCAUUGGAACUUUGACGAUCUGCUCGAAAUGAUGUGGCUGUACUUGAGGCUGGUGCGAAUUUACACGAAACCCAAGGGACAGCUGCCGGAUUACAGUUCACCGAUUGUGUUGCAUAACGAGCAUACGAGCAUCGAGAAUUUCUGUAACAAGUUGCAUCGCACCAUCGCUAAGGAGUUCAAAUACGCCUUGGUGUGGGGUUCCUCCGUUAAGCAUCAACCGCAAAAGGUCGGUAUCGACCAUGUGCUGAAUGACGAGGAUGUCGUACAGAUUGUGAAGAAGGUUUGAGCUUUUCCGCGAAAUCAGCAAAAAUUGUGUAAGUCUAUUACUAUUAAAUCAUUUAUUCAAAAGUUUCUUUUUGAUAACGACAA